UCCCCAUUCCACUCCGCGGCGAGGCCGCAACGUCCCCCUAGCACGGCCGCGCCCCCCCGGUCACCGCCAGCCGUGCGCGCCUGCCGCCCGCUUCUUGUGCUUCUCCUCGCCGGUAAUAACCUCCCCGACGCGGCAGAUCCGGGCCUUGCGCUGUAGCGCCAUUCCGUCGAACACCUCGCGCGCGCGCGCGUCGGGGGCGGGGAGGAGGAUGUACGGGCGGCGCGCGUCGCAGCUGCUGAAGGAGAUCGACUCCUGCGAGGCCGGACAACUCGCGCCAUUCAACAGCGAUGUAUUCGAUCAGGUCAUUAGAGAGUGCAAUGAACACAAUACACAGUUCCAGUCGUUGAUCAGGAAAAUGGUCGAGCAAAACUUAGAUAUUGAAACAACCAGAAACGAGGACCACUACGGGGCAGCUGUCCAUCACCUUUCGCUGCUCCGUAACAAAAGAUGCCUCAUGGCUUACAUGUAUAACCGUGCAGAAGUUAUUCAGAGUUUUAGAUGGAAAAUUGGUCCAGUGCUUCCUCAUGAAAUACAAGAAAAACUCCAUUUUUCAGAGAAAGAGUACUUCAAGAACCACUCGGCAGCCAUGAAAUUGUACAUGUCAGAGAUGGAUAUAGAUUUAACAGUGGACAUGGUGCCUCCCAAGGAUCCCUACAUACAGGUUCGGGUGCUUGAGGAAAUUGGUGAAGUAUCUCUUGGUGAUCAUUCCAUAUCAUUGACAAAGAACUCACUUCAUUUCCUAAGGCGCACUGAUACUGAACAAUUUAUAUCACAGGGUCUUAUGGAAGAGUUUCUGGAGUAGGGAUCACAUAUGGUGUACAAUAGAUUGUAACUGAGGAUAUUGCCCCCCUCCAACAUUUAUUCGUCAUCGCUAUCCAAUGGAAUAAACACUACUGAAAUUUCUGACAGCACAAGUGAAAAUCAAAGAACAUAUGUUAUCUCAGUUGUGAAGGUACGAUGCAACAUAUAUGACAGGAUUGUGUACCGCGGAGCUUCUAACUUGUUCAUGUCAGUGAUGUCUAGCUUUAGAUGGAUGAAUUAAGUUUGUUCUAGUUUUGUUGCUGUGACCAUUCUUUCCAUGUUGUAUUAUUUGGUGAUAAAAUUAAAACUUUAUACACUGUACAAAAAACUUCCUAAAUUCACUGCAGUAGUAAGGUAGCAAGUUCUAGUGUUUACUUGAUUCACUCCUGUACUCGUUUUGCUACAACAGUACAACUACAAUUCUGGCUCUCGAAUUUGGAAUUAGUCAGAAAACCGAACCAAGCUGA